AAGCUGCGUCACCGACGACCUCCCUUGACAAACGACCAUAACAAGCACACUGCACACGUCUUAUGGAAAGAAACUUCGUGGGCUUUUACCAGGUGGUCCCCACCAUACACACUAUCCCAAACCCCAGUAGAAUCCCAAUACCAAUGUUCCUCACAAAUCUGUACUUUCCUUUUUUAUAUUAAUACUAUUUUUUAAUACUAAAAAGUUUUUGGGAAAAAAAAGAGAAAAGUGAUUCUGCGUUGUGUCUGGAAUUCGUUGAUACCCAAGAGGGAAUAAGUUGCAUAGGAAUUAGGAUUUUUGGAAUAGCCCAUGUUGUAUGUCCGUCUAGGUGGUCGAACAUCAGGUGAAGCUGUCUCCUUUCUUUCUCACUGAAAUCAAAGUUUGGGAUCUCCAUUUGGGUGUUCAGGAUUUCAGUUUUUAGCUCAUAAAGCCCACCUGGGUGUUCCUAUAUGGUGCUGAAAUCCAUUAAUAGUACGUGGCAUAGAUUCUUCACUUGACUGUUUGAGAGAGAGAGUUUUAUGAUUUGCUUGGAGAUGCAAAGAUGGAGGAAAAAAGGAAGAUUAUUCAAUACAGGGAGAGGCUGGACAAGACACUUGCGUCUCCUGAUCUGAAAAAUGGGGAGAGACUUAAAACUCUAGUCAAGGAUCAACUCCUACAUUCUACGAAAGAUGAAACCAAAGGAUUAAAUGAGAAAGUCAUUGAAAAAAGGACUGCAGAAGUGUCAAAUUUUCUUGACAUGUUGAGGAGUGCUUCUGUAAAUGAUAAUGAGGGACUGAAAGCCAGUGAGAAAUCACAUGCUGAAUGGAAGUUAAAACAGGAUAAUGAAGAGUACCGUGUAAUGUAUCGCGAAGGACCCCAAGGCACUCCCUUUCAUUCAUUACUGGUUGAAGGCUAUGUAGAUGGGCCUGUUGAUGUUUGUUUAUGCAUCUCAUGGGAGUCAUCCCUCUACAAGAAAUGGUGGCCUCAAUUCACUAUUCCAACUUUCAAAAUUAUCACUUGCAAAUGUUUACAAAGGGUCCGGAUUGGUGAACAGAUAUCUUUAGUGAGGAUGAAGCUUUCUUGGCCACUGUCAACAAGAGAGGCUGUUGUGCACUAUUUUUUGUUUGAGUACUUUCAAGAUGAUCUCAUUGUUGUUCUUCUAAACACGAUCUCUGAUUCAGAAGACAUUGACAUGGCCACUCAUGGUUUUACCAGUGAGGUAAUCCCUGAAGCAGAUGAUGUUAUUAGGAUUGAUGUGGUAGGAGGCUAUGCUUUGCAAAAGGUGACCCCAGAUAGAAGUUACUUUCGGACAAUAGCAAAUAUGGAUAUCAAGCUGGAUUUUGUCCCUCCAUCCCUAAUAAACUUUAUCUCAAGGCAGCUCAUUGGCAAUGGUUUCAGACUGUAUCAAAAGGCAGUGUCAUCUAUGUUUAAGGGUGAUGAAGAUUUUAGCAAGGCGUUGGGGGACCCACUGUAUGCUAAAAUGCGUGAAGCUCUUUGUUCGACUUAUGUAUCAAAUAGGGCUGUGGAAGGGAAAGAGCAAAAGACUGACGCAUGCAUUCUUCCUGAAGAACAUCUUAUUGGAAGUAGUAGGGAUGAUAUGAGUGAUACGAUUCUGGAGGUUAAUGGCACUUACCAUGUAGAUGAAUCUGAGCCAAAGAAUGCGAGAGUUACAGAUAGGAAAGCCUUUGGGGAGAUUGAAGAGGAAGAGAGUGAAGAAAGCGAACAUUUUGAGGAGGAUGGCAAGGACAUAGAAAAAGUUUCAACCAAGGAAUUCAUAGAAAGUUGUAAUGAGGACAUGGAAAAAGUUUUAACCAAGGAAUUCAUAGAAAGUUGUAGUAAUGUAAAUGACAAUAGAAAUAUUUUAAUCAGGCCUGAGGUGGAACAAGCUCUGGGAACAUUAGAGAAGGUCAUCUCAAUGGUCCGGGUUUAUGGUUUUAAUGCCCAACCUAGGUUCUCUUCUGGGGUCAUCAGUGAAGAACCUCCAAUUAUGGACAAGAGUGUGCUAAAGGACGCAAGUUCUUCGGAAGAUGACAGAGUAUCUUCAAAUGGUGAGGUUAGUCUUGAAGUAUCCAAAAAGGAAACCAUAGAGAGGACAUCACAAGAACAACCUAGGAAUAGCUCUAGCAAUCACAGCUUCAGGCAUGCUGGAUCAAAUUCUCACUCAAGGGAAGUAAACCAUAACAAAAUAGCACCAGCAUCACCAGAGCAGUAUGUUUCAGCUCCUAGUGAGGCUAACCAGGUUGCUUUGUGUUCCACUGGGAAUGGGACAACUGAAGUACUGAAUUUGGACCAAAGUGCGAAUGACAUUAAUCAAAUUAGCACCAAUGCAAAUGGCAUCCAUGAAAGUAGUCUAGAUGGAGACAAGUCAAGCAAAGAGAAAAGGCAUAGGAUGUGUUGUUUCAGCAUCGGCACAUCACUAAGACGUUGAAUUAGUUGAAAUGGCCACAGAGGCAAAUUCAAGAAACACAGGUUUGAUACAGUCACACCUACAAUUCAAUCCUUAACAGAUCAACUAAGUGAUUUUUUAACAUCUUGUUCGAAAACUUGUAUCAUGAUGAUAUCUAUUACAAGUUUUAUUUUAGAUCUUUCACUUUGGGCAUAUAUGUUUUCAAUAAUUUUUGUUUUUACCAUUUCCUUUUUGUCCUUUUCGGUUAAAAAUGUACCAAGUACCAACAGAUGAAAAAAUUGAGCUGUUUGGAUGCCAAUGCCAAUGCAAUGAUAAUGGAAAAAUAUUCGGUCAAUGCAAAAUAAACUUUGUUAUUGUUA